GUCACUGAAGACAGGCCGGCGGGGGGAGCAGGCGCGCCAGGCAGCCUUGCGAGCGCUACCCCGGCGGCGUGCGCAGAGGACGGGCUUCGGAGCCGAGCGCGGGGCCAACCUGCUGCGGAAACUCGCUCUCCUCCCCGGCGGCGCUUGCCAGGCUAGCCCCGCUCCUACGUGCCCUCAGAGGAGCCCUGCUCGCGCUCAGAUUCAUGAUGUUGACAGUUAUGUUCUUAGCGGCUUUCACUCUUACUACAGUAAAUUCACAGGAAACUGAAGAAACUAUAACAUACACGCAAUGUACAGAUGGCUAUGAAUGGGAUCCUGUCAGGCAGCGGUGCAAAGAUAUUGAUGAAUGUGAAAUUGUCCCAGAUGCAUGCAAAGGUGGGAUGAAAUGUGUUAACCACUAUGGAGGAUACCUCUGUCUACCUAGAACAGCUCAAAUUAUUGUAAAUAAUGGGCGAGAAGACACAGCUGCUGAAUCCACUGGUGGACGAAACAAUGUCAUUCGACGGACCCCUGCUGAUCCUCAUCGACCACCUCCAAAUCCAACUCACCAAAUACAGUGUGCAACUGGGUAUGAGCAAAGCGAGCAAAAUGUGUGCCAAGAUAUAGAUGAAUGUGCAACAGGAACCCAUAACUGCAGGGCAGAUCAAGUAUGCAUCAAUUUAAGAGGGUCUUUCAGCUGCCAGUGUCCCUCAGGUUACCAAAAACGCGGGGAACAGUGUGUUGACAUAGAUGAAUGCAAUCUCCCUCCAUACUGCCACCAUAGAUGUGUGAACACUCCAGGUUCCUAUUACUGCCAGUGCAACUCUGGGUUCCAGUUAGCAGCCAACAACCACACUUGCGUAGACAUAAACGAAUGUGAUGCCAACAACCCAUGCGCACAACAAUGCUACAAUAUACUUGGUUCUUUUAUCUGUCAGUGUAAUCCAGGAUUUGAGUUAAGCAGUGACAGAAUCAACUGUGAAGAUAUUGAUGAAUGCAGAACUUCAAGUUACAUAUGCCAGUAUCAGUGUGUCAAUGAACCCGGGAAAUUUUCAUGCAUCUGCCCUGAGGGAUACCAGGUGGUAGGAGCUAGAACAUGUCAAGAUAUAAAUGAAUGUGAGACUACUAAUGAAUGCAGAGAGGAUGAAAUGUGCUGGAAUUAUCAUGGUGGAUUUCGUUGUUACCCAAGAAAUCCUUGUCAAGAACCUUAUGUCCUGACAUCUGAGAAUCGCUGUGUAUGCCCAGUUUCCAAUGCCAUUUGUCGAGAGCUGCCAUACUCUAUUGUGUACAAAUACAUGAGUAUCCGUUCAGACAGAACUGUGCCCUCUGAUAUCUUCCAAAUUCAGGCAACAACUAUUUAUCCCAAUACUAUAAAUACUUUCCGGAUUAAGUCUGGAAAUGAAAAUGGAGAAUUCUACCUGCGACAAACAAGUGCAAUAAGUGCAAUGCUCGUACUGGUGAAAUCACUAUCGGGACCAAGAGAACAUAUUGUAGAUCUGGAGAUGCUGACAGUCAACAGCUUGAACUAUCGUACAAGUUCAGUGCUAAGAUUAACAAUAAUAGUGGGACCUUACUCAUUUUAGUUAUUAACCCUUCACAGGCACCUAAAGCAGCCAAAGAAUAUUAUCUUAAAGAAAGCACUUACUAUUUUAUUUAUAGAUUUUGCUUUUUUUUUUUAAGAUUUAUUUAGUAAAUCAACAUCUAUAACCCACACAUUAUACCUGUUAUUCAAAAUUAAUACGUGUGUUCCAUAUUAUAAUGUGGGUGUUGUCACUUGCUGUAUAAAGACUAAAAAGUCUUGCCUUAAUUACUGUACUUGGAUUAGACAUCUACAUAUUAUACUUUUGUACAAGAAAAUAUAGGCUUACACUAUUUUGUAAAACUUCACUUUUCCUAGCCAAGUAGUCAUACAAUUAAAAGGUGAUCUCCUGUGUUGUUUAUAAUAGAUUUUAAGUUCUAGCACAGUUACAUUGAAUCUCAAAAAGGAUAAUAUAACAUUAAUGAAAUACAAAAUAAAAGCUUUCUAAUAGGUUACAAUGUAUUUCUCCUUUUUAAUUGCCUUGUAAGAAAGGAUAAAGGUCAAUAAAAAUCUAUUUCUUUAGACACUUAUGUGCUAUCAAGUUGGUUUUUUAAUCUGGUUUGGCGUAAAUUAACAUUGCAAAAAAUAUUUUGCAUUACAUGUUUCUUAAGGAUCUGAUAUAUGUAAAGACUUUUUUAAAACAUAGUAGACAGUAACAUUUGAUCUUUCCAAGAAAAAUGGGAUAUGAUAGGAAAACUUCAACAGUAAGUGAAACUCUCAAAGGAAAAUCAUCAACUGAGAAAUAUUUCUGUAUAUGACUGCUUGUUUAUGAGACCGGUACUACUAGUUUUUGUGUAGAGGGAUACUGCAUUUCUAGACAGAAUUUAAAUGCUACUCUUCCAGAAAUACAAAAUUGUAUGCUUAGAAUUCAGAACAUUUUCUUGAUGAUUACGUUUUAUGCCAUAUUUUCAAGCAAUUGGUCCUAUUCCUGUUUUCUGUAACUUGGAUUUUUGUUUCUCAUGUACAGUGUUCAUAGUAAUUCAAGAAUUAAUACAUCUUCCUUGUAAUAUGUAAGACCUUCUCCUAUUUCUUGUUUAAAAUGUAAUAGUUUAUACUUUGGUGUACAAAGUUUUUUAAUAAAUAAAUCUCUCUCCCAUAGUGA